AUGGAAGAGUUCGAGCUGAGCGACGGCUCCGAGUUCGCCGGUGAUCCCGGUGUGCGCAAGCGCGGCACGCGAGUCUACCGGGAUGAAAGCUCGCGCGUGCUUGCGAGGGGGCUGCGCUGCGAGGCCCCCAAAAAAUACGCGAGUAUCAAAAGAAAAGACGAGAUUGAUUUCUACGUUCCUCACAAGAAACUAUUACGAGAAAUCGAGGAAAAGAGAGACAUUCCAGAGCCCAUAACAGGAUUUUUGGAUAAACAAGAAGAGAUAAGGAGGAAGGUUUUUAAACCUUAUAUUCCAGUACCGGAAGUGCAAGAUCCACCUUACGAGCCCCCUAUAAAAAGCCAGUUCAUAAAGCAGAGGCCAAUAAAAAUUGUGGUACAACCGAAAGGCAAAGUGUUAGAAAUGGAUUCGGCAAAAAGUGUCGUCAGUAAAUCGAAGCCGCCGGUAUUUGCCGAUCAACUGGAAUUAAUAAGAGAGUUGCGUAAUAACCCUGGAAUCGGAUUUUAUUACAUGAUUUACGCUGUCGAUCGAUCCUCGGAAUAUUUCAAUCCUUACGCGCUCAAAGUCGUACCUUACAAAGAAGUCGACAAAGUCUACAUGACGAUCGGAGCUAAUGGGGUCACGCAAUACACGCCCAGCGACAUGACCUUCACGCCUAUCCAACUAUGGGAGCGAGAAUACAGAUCUUAUUUAUUGCUGACCAAAAUCAGAACCUUCGAGAUUUUUCGAAAGUGGAAGGCUUUCAACGUAUGGAGAAAAACCAUCAAGUAUAACAAGAUAAUGCAAGCUAGGAACUAUUUGGAAAAGAAUCUUUUUUUCUGCGAUGACAUCUUACGCAAAGCUUUAUUGGAGAUCAGAGGGAUGUGUAGUAUUUUUUUAAAUUCAUCAUUUGUAGAUACAGCGGUCGUUCGGCAACUUCCGCUGUUUUAUUUUGUUGAAAUGCAAUUUGCUAAGCUGGAGAGAAUAAAAGAUAAAUUGAAUGAAUUUAGAAGGCUUUCCUUGAAUAUAUUGAACAACACUUGCUUGAGAGCUUUGCUGGAUGCCGGCUUCACACCGGACGAUUCGAACAUAACUUUUGAACAAACGGCACUGGGGAAAGCGGGUGGCAAAGCUAGGAUGCCAAGAGAUGGUGUGCUUAAAAUGAGUUACAUCGAACAGGCAAGAAAAAGGGAAAAAUGUUUCAAAUUAGCCAGUUUUAUACAUGUUGCGGAUUAUUACCAACUUACUAUGAUGCAAAACUUUAUGCGAAAUACUUAUAUGGAAUUGCUCCAAGUUUUGAAAGCUCACACCGAUUUUCUGCCAUUUCCCGAAGAGUUCGAAAAUUUGGCUGUUGAUUAUUUUCUAAAAUGCAACGGACCGUCGCAAAGCGAAAACGAGUAUCCGUACUUCAUAGUCGAUUUAUUAAUAAAUCCGGAACUUGGCAUUGUGUUGGAUCCGUCGGAAAGUAUAUUCUGGCAUGUGUUGACAACGUUACAGUCGAUGUGGGAAGAUACGCUGAAAAAUAUUAAUCCUUUAUUGUCCGAUGAAAUCUUUCAUCCUUUUACGAGGCCUUUGAUAAACAAUAAAAUUGAAAAGCCAACGUGCGGCGAUCCACCGAACAUCUUAACAGUCAUCAAUGAAGAUCCAACACUCGUAAACUACAAAGCGAAGUUUAAGGAAACCUUCGAAAAAAAUUUCCAUGCUGUUAAAAACUACAACAGGCGGUUUUCGGACAUUCGCAACUUUUAUACAGAAGAUAUGGAGUUCAAUGAGAAUCUGAUACUCGAGAAUGAAAAGUGCGAUAUAUUUCGCAAAUGGUGUGAGCGUUAUCGAACCGAAGAAGAGGAAAUUAACAGCGCAGUUGACGUUCAACCACUUGGGAUCUUCAACGUUCAGCUCAAAAGAUUCAAACUCUCAGCGUUACCUGCUCCGAACCAGAAACAAAAAGUUCUUGCAGAAAUCAUGCCAAGUUUGGGGAAAUUGAGAGUUGACGAACUAUUGCAAGAAGCGACAGAAGCCAUUGAAUUUUUGAACUCCGAACCUGUAUCUACCGAAGAUUACGCCGAUUACAUCAAAUUUGUCGAUCAAGCCUUGAAAAAAGUCGACAGAAUGGAAGUCAAGUUAGAUUACGUGAAAGAGCUUUACGAUAUCAUGGAAGAAUAUCAGUUUCCUGUACCAGCCGAAGAUAUGGCCAACUAUCUGGGAAUCAGUGUGUAUUUUACGUCCAUGAGACUGGCAGUUGAGAGGCAAUUAGAAAACAGAACGAAACUUAUUACCAAGUUUAAUACUCAGAUUCACAAAGACAUUAACCUUCUCAUCGAUAGAAUCCAACUGCUCAACGACGAAGUCACGCAAUCAUGGCUUCUCGAUGCGGAAAGUAACGCAUACGUGUGUCUCGAAACCCUUAACGAACUGAACGAUCGAUUGACUGAAUGUGCGAACCUGGCAAACGACUACCGUUCGCAUCAGAAAGCUUUCAAAAUCGAGAUGACAAGAUUCGAAAUUCUCGAGCAAGUGCAGAACGAAGUGAAGCUACGUAUACUUCUCUGGCAGAGUUUAGCUACCUGGGACGAGACCAUAGCCGAAUGGUACGAGGCAGAUUUUGAAACACUUAACGUCGAGGACAUGAAUGCUUUUGUCAUGAAGAAUUUGAAGAAUAUAAUGCAGCUGGAGAAAGGCUUGCCUGAGAAUAAUAUACUUCCUGAUCUCAAAGAAAAGGUCGAAACGAUGAAGGACAAGAUGCCUAUAAUCGGCUACCUUCGCAAUCCGAAUCUUCGUCCUCGCCACUGGGCGAAAAUCGAGUUGCUGUUAGAUUACAAAUUCCGUCCCGAUGAGCCGAUAAAUCUCCAACUUCUCGAGAAUUUGCAUUCAUUUGCUUAUGCCAACGAAUUAAUGGAAAUUUCGGGUGCAGCGAGUUCGGAAGCUGGACUCGAAAUGAUGUUGAAUAAAGUCGAGGGAUCCUGGAAGGCAUUAGAUUUCAUUGUACAGAAACAUAAGGAUUCGAAGGAUGUGUUCGUGCUUGGAUCUCUAGAAGAGGUGCAAGCUACUUUGGAUGACAGUAAUAUUAAUAUACAGACGAUUGCAGCUUCGAGGCAUGUGGCGCCGAUUAAGCCGCGAGUCGACGAUUGGGUGAAGAGGUUGGAUUUAUUCUCCAAAACUUUGGAAUCGUGGCAGUAUUGUCAGCAACAAUGGAUGUAUCUGGAGGCUAUAUUCUCCGCGCCGGAUAUUCAGAGGCAAUUACCCAUCGAGUCUAAGCUGUUUAUUAUUGUAGAUAAGUCAUGGAAGGAAAUCAUGAGAAAGACCGCUAAGAUGCCAUUGGCCUUAGAAAAUUGCAUGCAACCAGGACUAUACGAGCAGUUGUUAGAAAAUAAUCGUAAUCUCGAUCAAAUACUCAAGUGCCUCGAAGCCUACCUCGAAACCAAACGAAUCGCCUUUCCACGCUUCUUCUUCCUCUCUAACGACGAGCUUCUUGAGAUCCUCGCUCAAACGAGAAAUCCACUCGCAGUGCAGCGUCAUCUACAAAAGUGUUUCGACGCGAUUCAUCGACUCGAAUUCGCUGCAUCGGGCGAAGGCCAAAAGCCAUCCAACGACAUCGUGGCAAUGAUCUCGCCUGAAGGCGAACGCGUUGAAUUGGGAAAAGGACUGAAAGCGCGGGGCAAUGUCGAAGACUGGCUGAGCAAAGUUGAAUCAGCGAUGUUUUCGAGCUUGAAAAAGCGUAUGAGGGAGGCAAUCGGCGAUUUCGAGAAGAACGGGAGACAACCUGUGCUCUGGAACUUUCCUUCGCAGAUAGUUUUGACGGUGUCCCAAAUAUUCUGGGCAACGGAUGUGCACGUGAAUUUGGAAUCUGACAAUGCGAUUGCGAAUAUGCAAGCUUUCGAGAGACAAUGUUUCGAGAAUUUGAAUGAAUUGGCAGCGAUGGUACGUGGAGAGCUACCGAAACUUGUGCGUGACGUCAUUAUAAAUUUAAUAACAGUCGACGUACACGCGCGAGACACAAUAUCGAUCCUCGUCGAAAAUAAAGUGUCGUCCAGUGCAAGCUUUGACUGGACGAAAGCCUUGCGUUAUUAUUGGGACACCGAGGUCGACAAUUGCCUCGCUCGGAUGAGUAACGCCGAGUACACGUACGGGUACGAGUAUCUCGGUGCUCAACGACGACUCGUCAUCACUCCGCUCACCGAUAAGUGUUAUCUUUGCUUGAUGGGUGCUCUACAGUUGGAUUUAGGCGGAGCUCCAGCCGGACCGGCUGGUACCGGCAAAACGGAGACGACCAAAGAUCUGGCCAAAGCCUUGGCUAUUCAGUGCGUGGUGUUCAAUUGUUCCGAAGGGCUCGACUAUAAAAUGAUGGGUCGGUUUUUCUCGGGACUGGCAACGUCAGGCGCGUGGUGUUGCUUCGACGAAUUCAAUCGCAUCGACAUCGAAGUGCUGUCGGUGAUCGCUCAGCAGCUGAUCACUAUAAGGAACGCCAAGGUCGCGCGAGCCAAAGAGUUUAUGUUUGAGGGGCGGAAGAUCAAGCUGGUGAUGACUUGUGCUGCUUUUAUCACGAUGAAUCCCGGCUACGCGGGCCGCACCGAAUUGCCGGACAAUUUGAAAUCGCUAUUCAGACCGGUUUCUAUGAUGGUCCCCGAUUACAAACUUAUAGCCGAGGUGACGCUGUACUCGGAAGGCUUCGAAUCGUCCAAGCCGCUGUCGAAAAAAAUGACGCUACUGUACACGCUGUGCAGCGAACAAUUGUCGCAACAGGAUCAUUACGAUUUCGGCAUGAGGGCGGUGAAGAGCGUGCUGGUAAUGGCGGGCAGCUUGAAACGCGACAAUCCCGACAAAAAGGAGGACGUGGUGCUCAUAAGGGCGCUGCGAGACAGCAAUCUACCGAAAUUCUUGGCCGAUGACGCCGAGCUGUUUCAAGGUAUACUCGGCGAUCUCUUUCCCGGCGUCGACAUUUCCGAGGAAGAUUACGGCGUGCUUCAGCAGACUGCUGUCACGAUAAUGCAAGAAGCCGGAUUGCAACCGGAAGAUUGCUCGAUAAAAAAAGUCAUUCAGCUGCACGAGACGAUGCGCGUUAGGCACGGCGUGAUGACGGUCGGACCAACUGGAUCUGGAAAAUCCACCGUCUUACGCACACUGCGUGACACUUAUACUCGCCUGCACGAGUUGGGAAUUCCCAGUCCCUAUUACCAAAAAGUUCACAUGGACGUGCUGAACCCGAAAGCCGUGACGAUUGGCGAACUCUACGGCGAAGUCAAUCCGGCUUCGAACGAGUGGCACGAUGGAUUGCUCGGCGUCAUUAUACGACGCGCUUGCGCUUCAACGACGGAGGAUCACUACUGGGUAGUGUGCGACGGUCCAGUCGACGCCGUGUGGAUCGAGAACAUGAAUACCGUGCUAGACGACAAUAAGAUGCUGUGCUUGGCUAACUCCGAGCGUAUCAAGUUCACACCUUAUGUACACAUGGUCUUUGAGGUCGCUGACCUUGCCCAAGCAUCGCCUGCCACUGUCUCGCGAUGCGGUAUGGUUUAUUUAGACCCGAGCGAGCUCAGAUGGUUACCGCGCGUCAAAACUUGGAUAGCCAGCAUCUCCGAAAAGUUGCCACGCAAAGAAAUACCGGCUCUGCUGUCAGAGCUGUUCGAGAGUUACGUCGACGAUGGCUUGGUGUUCUUUCGAAAGAAUUGCGACUACGCUAUAGCCCAAGUUGACAUCAGCAAAGCGGAUAUGUUGUGCGCGCUGUUGGAAAGUAUCCUGCUCGAGCCGGGCGCGAUGGAGAGGUCAAUCGAAUCGUCAAAAGCGAGGACAUUCGUCACGCAAGCUUUCGUGUUUGCAUACCUAUGGGCGAUUGGCGGCAAUGCCGUAGACAGCUCGCGCGAGACUUUCGAGCUUUUCGUACGAGAUCAAAUGGACAACAAUCCAGACGCUCGCCUACCGCCGUCCGGAGAGUUGUGGGGACUCUUCAUUAAUACACCAGAAAGACGAAUGGAUGUGUGGACGAAACUCAUGCCUGCUUUCGCUUACGAUCCCGAGCAGCCUUUCUUCGAAAUACUCGUGCCGACUGUCGACACUGUUCGCUUUGGAUACGUUAUGCAGAAGCUUAUCCAAGUGAACAAGCCGGUUUUGCUCACUGGUGGCACUGGUGUUGGAAAAUCAGUGAUAGCAAAAAUGGUGCUGAACACCUUAGAGUCGCUAAACACCUGGCUACCCAUAGUGUUAAACUUCUCGGCCCAAACGAGUAGCGGUCGCACACAGGAAAUUCUCGAGUUGAAGCUCGAGAAGAAAAAGAAGACUAUACUCGGUGCACCUGUCGGUAAACGCGUCUGCGUCUUCGUCGACGACGUAAACAUGCCGAAAUUAGAUACUUACGGCUCGCAGCCGCCGAUCGAAUUGCUCAGACAAAUAUUGGAUUGUGGUGGAGUGUUCGACAAGGAUAAACUUUUUUGGAAAAGGAUAGUCGACGUUGUUAUGACGACAGCUUGCGCACCACCAGGAGGUGGGAGAAACCCCUUGACAACCAGAUUCGUCAGACACUUCGGGAUGCUCGUUAUUCCAUCUCCUACUGAAGACUCAUUAAAGGCGAUAUUCAGAACCAUCAUGCGAGGAUUCCUCAAAGACUUUACACAGCCAAUAAUUGACAUCGGCGACCGAAUAGUCACCGCUUCCGUAGAAGUAUACAACAAAAUAGCCGAGGACUUGCUGCCAACGCCUGAGAAGAGUCACUACAUAUUCAAUCUUCGCGAUCUGUCAAAAUGUAUUCAAGGUAUCUUGCAAGCUGACUCAUCCAUUGUGAGAGAGGCUAAACAAAUGCUACGAUUGUUCUACCAUGAGUGUCUGCGAGUCUUCCACGAUCGUUUGAUAAAUGACGAGGACAAAACAUACUUCUACCAUUUACUUAGUGGUAUAUGUUCGCAACAGUUCGGCGACGAAGUGAUACCAUUCAAAAGCGAAGACGAUACGCCGGCUGAUACACCUUUACUACUGUUCGGUGAUUUCAUGGUAUUUGGCGUUAAAAGAGGCGAGAGACUGUACGAAGAGAUUGUCGAUUUAGACAAGACGAGGCUCGUACUGCAAGAUUAUUUGGAUGACUAUUCGCUAGCGACAUCCAAAGAGAUGAAUUUGAUAUUCUUCAUGGAUGCGAUCGAACAUUUGUGUAGAUUAGCCAGAAUAUUGAGGUCGGAAAGGGGCAACGGACUGCUGGUUGGCGUUGGUGGAAUGGGCAAACAGAGCCUAACGAAACUCGCUUCGCACAUGAAUGGUUAUCGGUGCAAUCAGAUAGAAGUGAGCCGAGGUUACGAUAGAAGCUCGUGGUACGAUGACUUGCGUAGAUUUUACGUGAAACCUGGCGCUCUUGCAGAACCAGCGACGUUCUUAUUUACCGAUACGCAGAUUGUGCUUGAAGAGUUCCUUGAAGAUAUUAAUAACACGCUGAAUUCCGGUGAAGUGCCGAAUUUAUUCGAAGCGGAAGAAUUAGAAAGAGCUAUAAUUGCAACUCGGCCAGCGGCCAAAGAAGCCGGAAUCAGCGAAUCAAAUCGAGAUGCUAUUUAUCAAUUCUUCAUCGGUCGCGUGAGAAAUCACUUACACUUGAUGCUUUGUAUGAGUCCCGUCGGAGAUGCAUUCAGGCGACGCUGUCGAAUGUUUCCAUCGCUGGUCAACUGUUGCACGAUCGAUUGGUUUUCAAAGUGGCCCAACGAAGCUCUACUUUCGGUGGCUGUCAAGUCGAUUGGCUUUGUAAUCGUUGACAACGAGGAUAAGGUUCAAGCUCUCGCUUCGAUUUGUGUGCUCAUGCACGAGAGUGUGGAAGAAAUGACGGUGAAGUUCUUCGAAGAGAUGCAAAGAAGAUAUUACACGACUCCAAGUAGCUAUUUAGAUUUACUGAAGAUUUAUCUGAAUACUUUGGACAAAAAAAGCACUAAAAUAAAUACGAUGAAAGGUCGAAUUGGAAACGGAUUGAAUAAAUUGAAAGAAACAAAUGAAAUGGUGGCGAUGAUGAAAAUAGAACUAAUUGCUCUGGGACCUCAGUUGAAAAUCAACUCCGAGGAAGUGGCAAAACUGAUGAAAGUGGUCGCAGUGCAACAGAUAGAAUGCGACAAAGUCCGAACUGUCGUCGCGGCUGACGAAGCAACGGCGAAAGCAAAAGCAGAUAAAAUUGCAGCUCUAGAAGCAGAAGCUCGUAAGGAUCUCGAAGCAGCUUUACCAGCGUUGGAAGAAGCUCAGAACGCGUUGGCUGCGCUGAACAAGAACGACAUCAACGAGAUAAAAGUCUUCAACAAGCCACCGGCACUCGUUCGUUUCGUCAUGGAAGCUGUUUGCUUGCUGCUCGGUCAAAAGACUGACUGGCCAACGGCAAAGCUAGUGCUCAGCGACGUGCGCUUUCUCGAUCGUCUGAUGGCAUACGACAAAGACAAUAUAAGCGACAAGUUGUUGAAAAAACUACAAGACUAUGUGAUGGACAAAGACUUCCAACCUGACAUUGUAGCUAAACAAAGCAAAGUGUGCAAGUCAAUUUGCAUUUGGGUGAGAGCUGUCGACGGUUAUGCCAAGAUUUUUCGAAUUGUCGAGCCCAAACGACAGAGGUUGGCGGAAGCACAGAUCGAAUUACGUGGUGUCGAGGAAAUUUUAGAGCAGAAGCAACAGCAACUCGCCGCGGUCGAGAAACAAAGUAGAGACCUUCAAAACGCCUACGACACGGCUGUACGGCGUCUCGCCGAUUUGGAGUACAACAUGGCACUAAGCGAAGCUCGGCUGGGUAGAUCGGGUAGAUUAACUUCGGCUUUAGCAGACGAGGAGAUACGAUGGAUCGAAGAAAUGAAGGAAUUCGAAAAGGAAAUCGGCAACAUUGCCGGCGACACACUCGUAGCUGCUGGUGGCUUAGCUUAUCUCGGUGCUUUCACGAGCAUCUAUCGCGAGCAAUUGUUAUCAGCUUGGCUAUCGAGAUGUCAAGAACAAGGAAUAGACACGACGUCGAACUUUAGUUUGGAAACUGUACUUGCGGAUCCUUACGAAAUUCGUAUGUGGAACGCGUACGGAUUGCCAAGAGAUCAAGUUAGCACAGAGAACGCUAUUCUCGUGACACAAGCUGGUCGUUGGCCACUCAUGAUCGAUCCUCAAGAGCAAGCUAAUCGAUGGAUAAGAAAUAUGGAACAGUCGCAUCAGUUAAAGAUUUGCAAGAUGACCGAUUCGAAUUUUAUGAGGAUGAUGGAAGCUUGUAUAAGGACUGGGGCGCCGAUUUUACUGCAGGAAGUCGGCGAAACUUUGGAUCCUAGUCUCGAACCGAUUUUGUUGAAACAAACUUUUUUUCAAGCUGGAAGAACUCUUAUUCGACUUGGAGAUAACGAUGUUGAGUAUGACUCGAACUUCCGGCUGUACAUCACUACGAAAAUGGCUAAUCCACAUUAUCUGCCUGAGAUAUGCAUUAAAGUAACGAUCAUUAAUUUUACUGUCACGCCGAGUGGAUUAGAAGAUCAGCUACUAGCCGACGUCGUACGAUUAGAAAAACCAGAGCUCGAAAAGAUGCGAAAUCAGUUGAUCGCACAGAUCAAUGCCGACAAAACACAGUUGAAAAAUAUCGAAGACAAAAUUUUAAUGCUGCUCUUCUCCUCCGAAGGUAAUAUUCUUGACAACGAGGAACUUAUUGAGACUCUAAAUGAAAGUAAAGAAACAUCAGCCGUAAUCGCAACUCGGCUGGUCGAUUCGGAAGCGACAGAGCAGGAAAUUUCAGUGGCUCGCGAAAAGUACAGAAGUGCUGCGACUCGCGGGUCAGUUUUAUACUUUGUCGUGGCGAAUCUCGCAAUUAUCGAUCCUAUGUAUCAAUUCUCGUUGAAAUAUUUCAAUCAGAUUGUAAAUAACGUCAUCGAAACAAGUGAGAAAUCAAACGACCUUCAAACGCGCUUGCAAAUUCUCUACGACGAAAUAACUUUGGCCGUGUACACCAUCGUUUCCCGAGGGUUGUUUGAGAGACAUAAAAUUGUAUUCAGCUUUAUGAUGAAUAUUGCUAUAAUGCUGAAUGGCGGGGUUAUCAACUAUGCGCAAUGGAAUUUCUUGCUCCGAGGGCCUGAACAGUUAAAAACCUCAAAAAAACCAGAUUAUCCUACGUUAACUGAUCCAAUGUGGAAUGCUACCAAUUACUUAGCAGAAAAUUUCCAAAGCUUUGAAAAUAUCAUGGAUGAUAUGUUCAAAAUCAUCAAAGUGAAAAUCGAGUACUACGAAGAAGAGAUCAACAUUUUACCCAAUAACAACGCGAAAGCUCAACGUAAUUGGGAUCUCUUUUUGACGGAUAUUGAAAAACUUAUGCUGUUGAAAGCUUUAAAAGAAGAAAAAUUAAUCUUUGGCGUGACAUCGUUCGUCAAGAAAAAUCUUGGCCAACAAUUCGUAGAAUCCCCAAUCAUCACCUUGCAAGUUCUUUAUCCAGACACGUCAAAAGUAAUUCCAUUAGUAUUCGUUCUAAGCACUGGUUCCGAUCCCUUCAGCGCCUUUUUGAAAUUCGCUCACGAAAUGGGCUUCACCAAAAGAUAUGAAUCCAUAUCUCUCGGUCAAGGCCAAGGACCUAUCGCCGAAAGCCUCAUCCGACAAGGCAUCGAACGCGGUGACUGGGUGUUCUUACAAAAUUGUCAUUUAGCUACAUCGUGGAUGCUGUCACUCGAGAAUCUUGUUAUCGAAAUUUCUGAGGACGCUGAUCUGGUACACGAUGAUUAUCGACUGUUCUUGAGUUCAAUGCCUAGUGCUGCGUUUCCCGUGUCGGUGCUGCAGAAUUCGGUGAAGGUUACGAAUGAACCGCCUAAAGGAUUGAAAGCUAAUGUCAAGAGAGCUUUCUUUGAACUUGAAGAGAAUUUCUUUGAGAAUCAUGAAUUGGGAGAAAAAUGGCGACGUAUGAUUUUUGGCGUGUGCUUCUUCCACGCAAUCAUUCAAGAACGAAAAAAGUUUGGUCCCCUCGGUUGGAACAUCAUUUACGAGUUUAGCGACAAUGAUCGAGAAUGUUGUUUGCUGAAUUUACAAAUGUUCUGCGUUAACGAGAAGAUACCCUGGGAUGCUCUUAUUUACACGACAGGUGAAAUAACAUACGGUGGAAGAAUCACUGACAACUGGGAUUUGCGCUGCUUGAAAACGAUACUAGAAGGCUUUUUCUCGCCAAAAACAUUAGAUCUAACGUACGUUUACUCACCGUCUGGAACCUACUAUUGUCCGUCUUAUCUAUCUCUCGCCGAGUACCGUGAGUUUAUCGAUGGCUUUCCCAUAAUCGAAGAUCCAGAAAUAUUUGGCAUGCAUGAGAACGCAAAUAUUGCUUAUCAGCUUAAAGAAUCUAAAACUAUCAUGGGAACGAUAAUGGAAGUUCAACCGAAAGUGGGUGCUAGUAAGGAAGGGAAGUCAGAGUCGGAAAUCGCUUACGAAUUGGCUGAUAUGAUUAUGGAAAAGAUAGCGCUGAAAAUUGAUAUUGAUUCUUGCAAUAAGAAACAUCUCAAAAAAGACAGUGCUGAUCGACUACCUUCGCUCACAAUUGUUUUACUACACGAAGUAGAGAGGUACAACUUAUUAUUGAAAAAAAUUCAUCUGACCAUGGAAAAUCUGCAACGAGCUAUCAAAGGCUUCGUCGUUAUGUCUGAAGAGCUUGAAAACGUUUUUAGAUCGCUCGUCAAUAACCAAGUACCUCAAAUAUGGCAUGCAGUGAACGUUUAUCCAUCGUUAAAAUCUCUUGGAAGCUGGAUCAGAGACCUGGAACUUAGGAUUGAUUUUAUUAAAACAUGGUUAACUGAUCGGAAACCAAUUUCAUUCUGGUUGUCUGGAUUAUCUUUCCCACAAGGUUUCAUAACUGGCAUGCUGCAAACUCACGCGAGGAAAUAUAAUAUUCCGAUUGAUCAAUUGAAAUUAGAUUUCAACACCACCAAUGUCAUUCUCGACCAAGACGAUAUUGAAAUAGCGCAUAAGCAAGCUGGCAAAGAAGUGCCUAGUAUUUAUAAAAACCUCCAGGUACCUGAGGAUGGAUUGUUGAUUCAUGGGCUUUAUAUUGAUGCUGGCAAGUGGGAUCCCAAAUUCAAAAUCCUAAUUGAUGCAAGUAAAGGAGAAAUGAAUCCACCUUUGCCAGUUACACACGUUUUUCCUGUACUUAGUUUACCGGAAAACGAUACUAGAUACGUCAGUCCGCUUUACAAAACAAGCAUUCGAGCUGGCGUUUUAUCUACAACUGGACAUAGUACAAAUUUUGUCAUGCCUGUGCUGGUGCCUUCAGCUAAACCCCAGUCUUACUGGAUUCUUAAAGGAACAGCUCUUUUAAUACAAGUGACUAACUAA